UGAACAGGUCUAUAAAGCCGCCACAUCGAAUAUAACGCAAGAACUCUCAGCGAACGGUGUACCCAACCAUGAAAUUGAUUUCUUUCUCAAAAAUUUGUCGAAGCUGGUAGCGCCAGAGUACACAAACGAUUUAUUCGAAAAUACACAUAAAAUACUCGAAGAAUUGGGCUACAGGACGGACACUUUAAUGAGGGAAGUUAUGCAUCCAUGCGACAAUAUGUUGACUCAAUGUCUGUGGCUGGGACAGUUUGUUCCGUGCAAUACAUUAUUUCGAACAGCGAAAAGUAUCGACGGCUACUGCUGUAGCUUCAACUACGAUGCAAUCAGAGAAGACCUGGAAAUUGACAGCGAUAAUGUGUCGGAAAAGCUUCAAAAUCCAAAUUAUCGGGUUAGUGGUGCUGGGCCGUACGUCGGAAUGGAAUUAUUGGUGAACAUUGAACCAGAACAGUACGUGUCCUAUACAAAAACGUACUUUGGCGUAUCGGUGCUGAUACAUUCGCCGCACGAAUAUCCACAGAAUUCGGUGGCCAAAACUCUGGGCCAGAUUGGCACUGAUGUUAUAAUAAAUGUUGUCCCUUCAGUGAUUGUUAGCGAAAAUUCUGUACAAAAUUUAGCUCUGGCGCAGCGCAAUUGCUAUUUUAAGGAUGAGGUGAAACUUCGUACAGCCACCAGGUACAGUUUCAGCACCUGCAUUAACGAGUGUGCUGUCGAUACUAUUUUCAGAAUGUGCGGCUGUGUCCCUUUCUACUACGUAGAAGCGCAGAUGAUUGCUAAUGCUACCAAUAUACGGCAGUGCACUUUGCAAGAUGUCAAUUGUCUCAGAAAAAAUCGGCACAUAUUUUCAAGUCUUCAACCAGAUUCGGCUCUGAAUGUAACAGUUGGCUUAAACUGUUCCACCUGCAAGCCUAGUUGUUCAGAAGUGCGUUACGACAUUCAAACGACCGUCGCACAAAGAUUAUCCGAAGAUCAACUUCGUUCGCUACAUUUUGACGAUUCUGUGACACUACACGAUUUCGUGACUCUAAAAAUCCACUUUAAGGAUAUCACUUGCCUGAAGUAUCGGCGAGAUGUGUUCCUGACGUGGGACUCAAUGUUUGCUUCCUGUGGCGGAAUCUAUUCCUUAUGUUUGGGUGGAUCUGUUAUCAGUAUCAUUGAGUUGAUUUGGUUCUAUACAGUCAAAUUGUACCGAUUUUCCAAUGAGCCGCCCAAAGACAAUCAACCAAAAAUUUCGUCCACUCGACAGAAUGAAACGAUGAAAUUGUCAAUGAAACAUGGACAUGAUCGUGCCAUGAAGAAACCAAAGAUAAGACAAAUUGAAGAAGUUUCGAAAUAGUCGAAC